AUGGCGGCAUUUCUCCGCAAGGGACCUGCGUCCCGGCCGUGGGCAUCCCUCCAUUCUGCGACACGAUGUUCCUCACUCAUCUUCUCACGCGCCAUCUCGAAAGAACGGAGCUUUGAAAAGGCUGUCGAACUGCUGGAAACCCUCCAGUCGAACAAGCAAGUGGUGAAGACUCUCUCUACUUCUGGACAAGAUGCCAAUGCCGUCGCGAUCCCGGAAAUGUUAGGCCUGCUACGCAAAGUCGGUUACCCUCCCGAGGAUUUCACCGACCGCCUCAACUUCAUCCAUGUUGCCGGGACAAAGGGAAAGGGGAGCGUUUGCGCAAUGGUGGAAUCGAUUCUGCUGCAAUACAAGGGAAGUACUGGUGAAAGUCAGAAGGGCACAUUGGGGAAAAUUGGUCUCUACACCUCGCCCCAUCUGACGACUGUUAGAGAACGAAUACGAAUCGAUGGCAUCACCUUGUCAAAACGAAUAUUUGCUCGCCAUUUCUUCUCCCUUUGGGAUCGAUUCAGUAACGCAGACUGCGAGACGAGACCGAGCUACUUUAGAUACUUGACAAUUAUGGCCCUACAUACAUUCAUACAAGAGGGAGUCGAAACUGCAAUUAUUGAGUGUGGCAUCGGCGGCGAGUACGAUAGUACAAACAUAUUGCCUCAAGGUUCGGUCACAGCAACUGGAAUCACAAGCUUGGGGAUCGAUCAUGUUGGGAUGCUGGGUGAAACGAUCGAAGAGAUCGCUUGGCACAAAGCUGGAAUCAUGAAAGGAGGUGUACCAGCAUUCACAGUCAAGCAAUCCCCGGAUGCGCAAGGUGUUCUCGAGAAACGGGCCUCUGAAAAGGGGGCCGAUCUGGCAGUUGUGGAGCCCUCUUCGGCCACAGAGGAGCUCAAGCUAGGACUGGGCGGCGAAUUUCAAAAUGAGAAUGCCGCUCUUGCGACGUCCCUCGCUGCUUGUCAUCUCAGGAGGCUCGGCAUCUGUCGCGAUGUGCCUGAACCUGGGCCCACCGCCCUAGACACUCUGCCUGGCAACUUUGUAGCUGGCUUGCAAACUGUGGAAUGGCCAGGGCGGUGUCAGAUUCUGAAAGAUGGAAAUCUUACAUGGUACCUAGAUGGCGCGCACACUUCAGACAGUAUUCGAGCUGCCGCUACUUGGUUUCACGGCCAUUUGGUACAAGCUCAAGCGGAGCCGAAUCCACCUUCUGCCACAAUGUUAAUCUUCAAUCAGGAAGAUCGGGAUGUUGAAAGGGCAAUCUGCAAGCCCGGUGCACGUGCGCAAGCACGUGCACCAGCCACCUGA